AUGUCAUCCGACCCCAUCCACCACGUCGCGUCACAUAGCGAAUUCGACUCGCUGCUCUCGACAACGCGCUAUGUGAUCGUCGACUUCUACGCCGAUUGGUGCCCUCCGUGUAAAACGAUCGCGCCGCCUUUUCUCGCGCUGGCCAAGAAAUACUCUAUUCCUGGUUUCCUCGCCUUUGGCAAGGUCAAUGUCGACCACGUCGGUUCCGUCGCGCAACAGUACAACGUGGCAGCUAUGCCCACCUUCUUGUUCUUCAAGGAGGGGAAGCAGGUCGCUGUCAAUGGGAACGUCACAAUACAGGGUGCCGACUUGCAGAAGUUGACACAGGCAGCGGAGAAGAUGGGGGGCCUUGCGAAGGCCAAGGCGGAUGCGGCUGCUGCGGAAAAUGCCUGA